AUGGAGAAUUCUUAUGAGAUUCCUAAUAAAUCUAAGGAUGUUUCUCUUAAAGAGCUUAGAGACAGGCUCGCAGAGUUUGCUGAAUUGAGAGGAUGGGAAAAGUACCAUAGUCCAAGGAAUCUCCUACUAGCACUAGUGGGAGAAGUCGGGGAGCUGUCAGAGAUAUUCCAAUGGAAAGGAGAAGUUGCAAAAGGACUGCCCAACUGGACUGCUGAUGACAAGGAACAUUUAGAAGAGGAGCUCUCAGAUGUUUUACUUUAUCUUGUCCAACUUGCUGAUGUUUGUGGGCUUGAUCUUGGCCAAGCAGCACUAACUAAAAUAAUCAAGAACGCUCGCAAAUACCCAAUUGUGAAUCAGAAAACAAAAUCUACCUACAACUAAGUAUCGCUUUCUCGAACAGCCUUGUAGUUCUUUUUUCAGCUUUUCCAUUUCCUUUCUUUGGGGGAAGCUAGUGCAUGGCCGUAGUUCAGUGACUUAAGUCCAUUUUCAUAGUUGGAUUCAGUUGUUGGUACGUUUUUUUUUUAUAUAUUUAGAGAGCAGAAGGUUAAACCUUCAUACCUAUGCCUACCGGAUAUGUGUCGAAUACGAAUAUUUUAUGUAAAAUGGGAGCAACUAAUUGGCAUGAGAGUGGAGUUCCAUGGACAUAUCGUGUGAAGCUAGCAGAAGAGUCUAAUGAAAGUAAAUCUGUUUCUUUUCUUCUUCGUUUUCUGUUAUCUAAAGACUUGGGUAGAACCUUUUAAGGUGGCCAGGUUGGAUUCAAUGAGCCAUGAUGAACCAAAACAGGCCUGCAGGCACGGAACUAAUACUAG